AUGUCUUCCCUCAGGGUUCUAAUUGUGGGCGCGUCCAUCGCCGGCCCGACUGCGGCCUACUGGUUCGCCAAAGCCGGAGCACACGUCACGGUCAUCGAGCGUUUUCCGACCCUGCGCACCAACGGACAGAAUGUCGACAUUCGGACCGUUGGCGUUACGGUAAUGCGGAAGAUCGCGGGGAUGGAAGAGGCUGUCCGAGCAAGGACACUGUCGGUGGAUGGGAUCAGUCUGGUCGGUGCUACCGGUCGACCGUACGGGACCGUCAAAGCCACUGGGAAUCCCGAGCAACAGUCGCUGGUAUCCGAGUAUGAGAUCCUCCGGGGCGACUUGGCGCAGAUUCUCUUUGACUUGACGAAAGAAACAGAGAAUAUCCAUUAUGUGUUUGGGGAGCAAGUCGCCUCGAUGCGCCAGAAGGGACCCCGGAGCGGCCCGAUUAGGGUCGACUUUGCCCACGGGUUUCCGGCCGCAGAGUUUGACCUCGUGGUUGCCUGCGACGGUGCGACUUCGCGGACCCGAGCGAUGGGUCUGGCCUGUGGUGUUCGGGACCAUAUCAAGCCGAUGAACUCCUGGGCGGCCUUCUUCUCCACCAAACACGAUCUUGUGGACGGUAGCAGAAUGGCACAGGCGUACAGCGCCAUGGGCGGCCGGUUUGUGGCGAUUGGACCCAGUUUAUCCGGUGGCAAUCAAGUCGUAUUGAUGGGUAUCAAUCCGCGUCACGACGACGACGACUCCAUGCGACUCUUUCGCGAGGCUAUGAAAAGGGGAGACGAGGCCCUGAAGCAAUUUGUGGCCCGGUACUAUGAAGGAGCUGGCUGGAAGUGUGAGGCGGCCGUCAAGAGUAUGAUGGAGGCACAGGACUUCUACGCAAACGAGAGUGUUCAGGUCCAGACCCCAACCCUGUACCAAGGGCAUUUUGUCCUGGUUGGCGAUGCGGGCUACGCACCCGGCCCUACUGGUACUGGCACAAGCCUCGCAAUGGCGGGCGCAUAUGUGUUGGCUGGCGAGAUCAACAAGCACAAGGGGGAUUUGAUGGCAGGACUUCGAGGCUACGAGGAUCAGAUGCGGCCACUGAUCAAGGAGUUACAGAGGAUUCCACCACUUGUCCCGACCAUCUUUGCACCACAGACAGCCUGGGGAAUAUGGCUACGCAACACUAUCUUCGCUUUCGUUUGUUGGACUCGAAUUCUCGAGCUGAGCCAGCGGUUCUUUGCAAGCUCGUUUGCCGACUCUGGCAAGUAUGAGCUGCCGGAUUAUAAAUGGGAUCCUAACUAAGGCACCAUCUGACCUGUAUCCUGCUCUUGGGGCCCUUAGCUUAGGAUAUAUAUUGUUGGAGUGCUGCACUCAGUGAAUGCAACUAGCACCACCAUAAAGCAGCAUCACCAUAAAGAAGAAGAUAGCAACAUGUGACUACUCUGUGUAUUUAAGGCCACUAUUUCCUUCUAGAUCUCCAUGCUUCCUCCAAGCAUCUCUC